UCCAGAACAAUGCCUAAUGGAUACCAGUCUUUGAUAGAUAAUUGUCUUGAAGAAAAUCACUACGACGCGGCUCUUGAUCUUCUUGAAUCCUGUCAAAGUCAGCACUAUCACCCUCCUGAGCAACACAUUCGGAGAUUGAUGGAUAUCAUCGCAAGCGACCAAGUUGACGAUUAUAUUGCUUCAAGAGCCUAUAAAGUUUUACAACAUAUAUUACAAACAAGUGGUAAUGCAGCAUUUCAAUAUAUUUGGACUUCUGAACAAAUAGACACAGAAGAAGGUACCUUAUGGGCAAAUUACGUAAACUUUUGGAAAUUUAUUGAAAAGCAAUUUACUUCUCUUACAAAGGUUAAUAAAGAUAAA